AUGUGGACUGUAGUGAGCUGCUCCAGACAGUAUGAAGAGGGUCAUCCUCAGGCUGUCCUGACCCUGCAGCCUGCCUGGGCACAGAUAUUCAUAGGAGAGACAGUCACCCUGAGCUGUGAGGUGGAGGGGGGCUCUGCUGACUGGAGGUUUAAACAAUACCGAAAGGGUCAAGAACAGGCAGUGUGCCAGAAACCCUCACCCAGUAUGGGGAACAGUGUCGGCUGCACAAUCAGUACCCCCCAGUAUCACCACAGUGGAGUGUACUGGUGUGAGUCUGCAUCAGGACAGGAGCGCAGUAAUACUAUCAACCUAACUGUGUCUAGUUAUACAGCUACCAGGAUUGACUUUUAUAAGGAUAAUGAAGAGCUACAGUCCCGGGCUGACACAGAGCUGAGUGUGGAUCGUGUUUCAAAGAGUGACGAGGGGUCCUACAAGUGCAGAGCGUGGUGGCAGGACUCCUUUAUUUACUCUAGUGACUCUGCAGAGCUGCUGAAGUAA